AUGGAUUCUUCAGAACAAUCAAUUCAGCAGGAACAAACCUCGGGGAAAAUUAGUAAGGAAGCGAUAGCAUAUAAAUUUUGGCAAAAAUUUCAAAAGGAGCGUGAAGAAAUUCAAAAUUCAAUCAACGAUCUCUAUACAAAAUCCAAAUCAUCAAUUCCAAAAUUAUGUGAAGAAAUCCUAGUUAGAAUUAAUACAUUAGAAAGAAAAGCUACUGAUGCUACAAUUUAUUUGCCUGGUUAUGAUCAAAGACAAUUAAUUUUGACAGAAAUAGUACCAAAAAGUAAAUUUACGUUUAAAUCAAGGAAACCUGUUUUUACAAACGGAAGUGGAGAGAAAGCAACCAAAACGGAAGAGAGAAAUACUUCAACUACGAUAACUUCCAACAACACCUCUUCAAUUAUCAACGAAAAUUUUCAAAUAGUCACAUUAAACAAUAAGCAAAAUGCUUACUUAACAAUAAAUUCUUAUUUGUCCUCUCCAAAUGAUUCAAAAAAAAUAAUCGAUUUUCAUAUUUCAAAUUUACAAAGUUGUUUUAUUAAUCUCGUAUGUAAAAAUGUUAUUAUAGGUGCUAUACAUAUUAAAGGUUUAAAAGAUUGUGUAAUUAUUGCCGGUCCUGUUGGAAGUUCGAUUUUAAUUAAUGAUUGUGAAAAUUGUGUUCUUGUUGUCGCUUGUCAUCAGUUUCGAAUACAUACUUCAAAACAAAUGAAUGUAUAUCUUCAUGUAACAAGUUAUCCCAUUAUUGAAGAUUGUAAUAGCAUAAAAUUUGCUCCGUACACUUUAUCAAUUCCUGGUUUAGAUAAAAUGUUUGAGGCUGCUAAAUUGGAUCAAAAUAAUAAUAAAUAUGAUAAAGUUGAAGAUUUUAAUUGGUUAAGGCAACAAGCAUCACCAAAUUGGAAUUUAUUAGAUGAAAAAUGUUUAAGAAAAGAUUGGCCUUUAAUAGGUGAUGAUGAAAGAGAGAGAGUUGUUAGUGAAGAUGAAUUAAAGAUUACUUUAAAUGAAAUUUUGGAAAAUAAAUAA